AGCUUCCUGAACCUGUCCAUCUUUGACGUCAUCUGCGUGUUUGUUGUUGUAUAAUUGUUUAUUUAUAUUUAAACUGGCUCCAUAGUGAUAGUUUAAAUUAAAACACUGCUUGUUCGCCGAUAAACAUCGUCUCGAUUAUCAGCACUCUACAACUUCUGACACAACUGAACUCUACAACUUCUGACACAACUGAACUCUACAACUUCUGACACAACUGAACUCUACAUCUUCCGAAGACACGAUGGCUGUAAGAGGAUUUCUACCGGACCUGAAGAGCUGGACUGUAGGUGAGAUCGCUCGUGCUGCGGGUCUCGUCGCUUUCUCUGCCGGUGCGGGUUACUGCAUUUACCGCAGCCUACGGAGAGAAAGAGCUCCUCCGGACCGCACUCAGCCUUCUCACGAGCCUGUGGACGUGCUGAGGGAAUCAUUGGAUACUCCCUCUCUCCUCCAGGUCGUUGAGCCAAUUCUGCAACUGCCGCCCACCGAACCUCAAGACGAACCUUCAGCCGUCAUUCUGCCGCUCGAUGCUGGUGAACCGAACAGCGCUUGCUGCGAUGUUCAGUUCGUGUCUGCAGAUUCCUCAUCCUCCCAGUCUGAGCCAGUGGACAUCAGGAGAGUCAUCCCCGGAAUGAUAAGGGGUCCAGAGAGUCGGCUCUGCGGGCUCGAAACCGUAGAGACGCACCACUCGAUUCACAAAGUUGUUGAGCCACAUCUUCAUUUGCUGCCCAACGAACAACAAGAAGACCCAUCAGCUGUUCUUCUGCCACUCGAUGCUGGUGAGCUGAUCAGCGCUUGCCGAAACAUUCAGUUCCUCUCUGCAGACACCUCCAUCUCCCAGUCUGAGUCAGUGAACAUCAGGACAUACCUCUUGUGGAUGAUAAGGGGCCCAGAGUGUCGUCUUUGCUGGUUUACAACCACAAAGACACAAUCCAUCAAUCACAUGGGAUUCCCUUAUCAUACCACCACAGAGGAUUGUUUCACUGGCAUACAGGUUGAAUCUGGGAGGGUUACAGAAUUUAUUUCCUGUAACCGAGUGGAGACCGACAUCAUCGUGCCAGGUUUUUAUUAUGUGCAAACCAUUAAACAGGUGACCUGCACUUACCUGUUUGUGGGUAAAGAUGGGCAAAUGGACACCUCCACUUGGGAGAAGGAAGAGGUUCCCGUUCCAUAUGCGGAGAGUGACGAGAGCUUUAACCCAGAGGAGAUGGAGGUGCCCUUUAUUUGCUGCCAUCUUUCAGACAGAGGGGUUACUGAUGUCGGCCUGAAGCUGCCCGCUCUCCGUGAGGCGUUCGCUACCCUGCUUGCCAGCAUCCACAACCAGAACUUCCUGUUCCUGGUGGGAAAGAAGAUCGUCAUGCGUCUGGCAGCGGCUAACAUCCAGGACGUGGUUGGGGUGAAGUUGGCCUACGAGGCCUUGAUUCGAUUCCUGAGGACGCCUUCUCAUCAGGAUUCGAUUGAGGCAGAGAUCUCCUCCUGUGUCCCCCACUACAACUUCCUGGAUGUUUUUUUUGAGCUGAUUCUGUUCCGCCAUUUCAGAAGUGGCUCAACACUUGAGACAUUUAAUGGAGGAUUCUUGGAGCGCCUGCUCGAGCUCAUCAGCAUGUGGGAUGUGGACGUGUGGGAGCCUGCAGCAGAGCUGUACUUCACAGUGCUUAUCGAUCACCUAACACAGCUUGCUGAAGUACUGUUCUCUCAGCCUCUGGAGCUGUACAGUGACCCAGCAGCCUUAGCCACCACGGUUCAGCAUCUUCUCAAGAAGCACGUCCAGCAGAUGAUGGACACUUUGGAGAAGCUCUGAGCAAUGUCUUUUGUUUAUCGCUUUAUAUUUUCUUCUUCUGAUUCGUUUUAUGUUCGUUCUUUUCCCUCACUUCUUUCCCUACAUUGCUCAAGCUCUCCACAGGUAAGUAUGAAUUCAUUUUAUUUCUAUUUUUGAUUAAGAUUUUAAAAAUCACUUUUCUUUCCUAUAGGUUUGUACAGUCAACCCCAGGACUGAAGACGGGCUUAACCCUAGGAUCCCUCAUCCCUUAAUAAUUAUCCCAUAUUAAUCUAUCCCUCUAUUCCUGUCCCACUCCCCUAUUCCUAUAGAUACUAAAUAGGUUAAUAGAUUUUUUUGUAAAUAAACUUAUUGUUAUAUAGUGCUUAUAUUAUUUAAUAAAUGUUUACAUUUGUUUCUAUUACAGUCUAAUUCGGAUUAUUUUUUAUUCAUCACAUGAUAUACAUAUAUAAUUUUCCUUUUAAAAGCACAACACAAAAUGAAUGUUUCAUUCAUCUAAAGAUCAUUUUUAAAAACAAAUUCAGAACCUUUAAAUGAUUUACUAAAACGUGAGAAAUGACAAAUAACAAAAUUCAGAUAUUUAUACUCUUGGAUCAUUUGUGUGAUGGCCCCAAACUGUGGAACAAUAUUUAACGUUUAAAGAAUUGCAUAAUUGUAAAUUAUUUAUUAAUUUAUAUAUUAAUUAUAUAAAUUAUACAGUGUCAUAGGAAGUCUUUCUCUGUUGGCUUCCUCUGCUGUGUUCUCUACAGCCAUGGUAAUUAAAUGUGCUUCUCUCUCUCUCUCUCUCUCUCUCUCUCUCUCUCUCUCUCUUUCUCUUUCCCAUUUCCUCGUUUUUCAGCAGAAAAUAUAUUUUACAGAUAAUUUCCUGUUUUUAAAUGUUUGACAUUGAUUUUCACAGAUUUAGUUGAUAGUGGAGCUGCCCCUGCUGACACCCCAACUGCCUGACACCCCAACUGCGUGAAAUCCCAGCUGCCUGACACCCCAACUGCGUGAAACCCCAGCUGGCUGACACCCCAACUGCGUGAAACCCCAGCUGGCUGACACCCCAACUGCCUGACACCCCACCUGCGUGAAACCCCAACUGCCUGAAAC